AUGGCCCCAGCCUUCACUCACAUCCUCCCGGGUCUACCUGGUGAAUUCACAGACGGGCCCGUGUACGCGACUACCGAGACGCCUUCUGCGCCUACAGGAUCUGCGGUGCCGUGUUCAGGUGCCGGUGCUGGUGCUGGUGGUUCGUAUGGGGGAUCGUACGGAGGAUCAUAUGGUGGCGGUGCAGGUGUGUAUGGAGUCAAGGGAGGUUUGUAUGGAGAUGCUGGCGCUGACUCGCCAUGUACAUUGCGGACGGUUAUCAGACCUUCUGCUAGCAGCGCGGCCUCGUAUUAA